UGUUCCGAACCGCUCUCUCGCUCAUUAAUCAGAAAACAACAUCAGUUGGACUGUUUAGUUUGAGAAUCAUCAGUCGAGGCGGCGGUCGUUGCGGGUUUGGAAUUGGUCCGCGUGGGAAGGAUAAGACACUCCCCGGCGGAGAGCCCCCCACUCCUGCCCUCUCCCCCGCUGGGCCCUUCCUUCACCCCCCUUCGUAGCAGUGCCUGAGUGGUGCCCUCGCCCCCUCCUCCUCCAACUCCUCCUCCUCCUCCUCUCGCACACUGGCUCACUGUCCCUCCGCGAUCAGGGUUUACGCACCAGUAGACCUGGCAACCCCCACGUGGAGGUUUCGCGCGCUGGUCAGCCAGUCGUCCUCGAGGCUUGGCUCUCAGCAGCACCACCUGUGUUCCAGUGGCUCUCCAGCACGACCAUCCCCUAAAGGACUCCGUUCUCCUCCUCUUCGGCCCCCCUGAAAAAGGACGCUGCCUCCCCCCCCCCCUCGCCCUGAACGCUGCCCUGCCCCCCCGCCCGUCCACGCCCCGUCCUCCCUCCCCCUCCCCCAGCAUGCACUCAGGCCGUCGGCGCUCUGGCCUGCGUGAUCAUCCUGGAGGUGCUCUCGGCGAGGUGCUCGUGUAACGGAUCCCGACGGACAACACGCGCGGUGCUGCCCCGUUUUAGUGCAUGUAGUCCGCUUCGACGCUAACAUAGGGAAUAGGAAGCUAGUGCGAGCAAGCAUCUGCGAUACAGGAAUAUAUUACGUACUAAACAUACGUACGGAGUCAGCAGUGUUACUAAUAUAGUGUAAGGCAAGAUAUAUAUAUGAAGAUGAAUAUAUAAGGCAUAGUUACAUAAUAUAUAUAUAGAAAUAAAGUAUACGUAGAUAUAUUAGAACAUAAUCCAAAGUUAUCUAAAAGUGUUUACUUGCGAGUGCAUUUGCCGAGUGCAGUGUUAAUUAUAGUGCAGGCCAGCUAGUGAAGUGCAAUGCCUGUCGCCCAGUACCCCUACCCCGUCACGGGCGCCCACCCGAGCUACGGCGGCUACAACGACUUCGCCGUGAGGGCGCCCGCAGCCCCUCACGACGGGGGAGUCCACCCCGAAUGCCACAGCCGGAUGCCCCUCCCGCACGCGCAGGACGGGGGCAGCCUGGUGCCUCCGAAGGAAAGGGCCGCCUCCGCCGCCGAGUUCUCCAGGUACCACAUGAUGGGUCCUCCUGACGGGGGCCACGAGGCGACCAGGGGCUCCGUGGCGGGCUCGCACAACGGAGCGGCACACAUGUCGCAUGCGCACAACGCAGGGCACUUCGCGGGCCCCCACGCCGGCGUGGGGAUCAGGCCCGCGCACCUGAGCGAACAGGUGGCAUACGCUUCCUACAUGGCAUCGCCCUUGGACACCCAAGGAGGGUACGCUGAGCCCCGCAGGCAGGGCUACCCCGUACCUCAGCAAUACUCGGGCUACGAGCACCCGCAUCCAGGGGAGCCUCCCGGGGCGGGCUUCGAAAGGCGCCUGUACCCGCGGCCGCUGUCCAGCUUGCAGGAGCCGCAGCACCACCAGGCGCAGCCCUACGACGACUUCAGGGCUGUGCCCCGCCAGCGGGGCUUCCUGCGUUACCUGAGCCGGGAGCACCUCUCCCCGCCGGCGUCGUCGGCAACGGCGAGCUGCCUCUCGGAUGCACACGGCUGCCCUCCGGCGGUCACCACCAAGGUCGAGCCCGACGCCGAGUGGUGGCACGAGGGCGACCUCCUGGACCGCUUCCAGCAGGUGCGACUCCAGGCCGACGACGCGCCGGGCCGCGAGCGAACCACGCCGCGGCGGAGGCGAAGGAACAGCGAGAAGCGGAAGGAGAAGUCUCGCGAUGCGGCAAGAUGUCGGCGAGGCAAGGAGAGCGAGAUCUUCACGGAGCUGGCCAACGCCCUGCCCUUGCCUGCGCAGACAGUGUCGCAGCUGGACAAGGCGUCGGUCAUGCGGCUUACCAUCGCCUACCUGAAGACGCGGGCGCUGUGCCAGGCCGGUCCCGAAGAUCACGGAAGGAGGCGCGUGUGCGAGUAACGGCGGCGGAGCAAGCUGGACGUCGAGAUGGACACCCUCUUCCUGAAGGGCGCUGGACGGCUUCCUGCUGGUGCUCUCCACGGACGGCGACG